AUGUCUAAUACCUCCAAGGUGGACCUUGCUGCUAUCGAAAUGUCCCCCAUUGAGUAUGAUCAGUGGGAAGAGAUGUGGCCUGGUUUUCAGGACGCUGAUUAUGUAGAGACAGUUCUCCGUGAGGGUGAGUGUCUCUAUAUUCCCAUUGGGUGGUGGCACUACGUGCGUGGACUGAGAGCUGGAAUCAGCGUGAGCUUCUGGUGGGAAUGA